AUGGACAACUCCGGGUACAGAAAGUGGAAUGACAACUCUGAAGAUGUCCCCAGAGGACACUGGGCAUGCUGGGAGCACUGGAGAUAUAAGUCCUUGGCGAAACUAGCUCCUGUGGUCGUCUUAGGCCUAUGGGUCCUGGUUUUGAGCAUCCUAUUGUCCAAGGCCUCCAAGGAGCGCGGGGAGCUACUCGACCAUCAGGACCUGCUGAAGGCAAACGCCUCGAAGCAAGCGACUACGUUAGAGGUUCUACAAAAGAAGGUCGGAUCCUGCAGGACGUCUUGCUCUGAGGCGCAGGCGCAGCUGCAGACCACACAGGCGGAGCUCGGGGUGGCACAGAAGACGUUGCUGGAGCAGGGGAACGCCCUCAGUGAGCUGCGUGAACGCGUGACCAAGGAUGUGGCCCAGGCGUGCAGGGACCAUGAGGACAUCCGCAGUGAGCUGCUCCGAGCACUGGAGUCCGCCAAACUUGGGAACCACACCUGCGAGCCGUGCCCCACGUCGUGGAUGCCAUUCGAGGGCUCCUGCUACCUUUUCUCGGAUACGCAGGUCAAGUGGGAAGCUGCGCAGAAAAGCUGCGUAGACGCUGGCGCGCAUCUGGUGAUCGUGGGGGGUCUGGAGGAGCAGACCUUCCUGACAGCGAACACGCGUGGAUUCGGCUACUGGCUGGGUCUGAAGGCGGUGCGACACCAGGGCAAGAUCCAGAGCUAUGAGUGGGUGGACGGCGUGCAGCUCAACUUCAGCCACUGGAACGUGGGUGAGCCCAAUGACUCGCGGGGGGUCGAAAACUGCAUCAUGAUGCUUCGAACGGGGCUGUGGAAUGAUGCACCGUGCGACAAUGAGAACGACAACUGGAUCUGUGAGAAAAGGCGCAAAUGCUGA